AUCGAGCCCUUUCACUUCAUGCGGAGGUACAGAGUGGGCGAGAAGGCCCAAACGUCGUGUUUUGUUUCAACUGUUGCCGAUGACCAUGUGAUACAAUUCCGUUGGAUGAAAGAUGGCGUGGUCAUCGCAUCAGAAACAUUAUCAGGAGUGCGAUUAAAAAGCAGUAAUGACUACUCUAUUCUGAUCAUCAAUCCCGUCACUCCGCAUCACUCAGGAAAUUACACUUGUACUGUGUCUGACGGAAGCAGUGAGGACAGCUACACGGCACAGCUCAACAUCGAAGCUCCCCCCGAGUGGCUGGAAGAAUCAAAAAAUGUAACUGCAACUCUCGGAUCUACUGUAACCGUACAGUGUCUGUCGACCGGGCAUCCAGUACCUCUUAUAAAACUGUACAAAUAUUCAGGGUCUGGUUCAAAAAAAGAAUUAUUCGAAUCCGUCAAUGGUACUUUUGUGCUCAUACUGAGUGACCCAGACUACGAAGGUGUAUACAGCUGUGAAGCAAAUAAUGGUAUCGAAAAUACUAUUCGAAAAGAUUUCGCAAUAAAUAUUGAAGGUGUUCCCAGAAUUCAACCCUUUCAAUUUCCAACGCAUGUCAAGGCCGGUAGGAAGAUAACCAUUACUUGUUCUUUAGAACUGACGUCUGGUACUCCUGAUUCCUUUCGAUGGCUCAAGAAUGGUCAAGAAAUUCGAAACUCUGCUGAACUGAAAAUAAGGAAUGACGCCGAAUUUUCAGUUCUGAUUUUUGAGCCCGUAAGUGACAACAGCACCGGAAAUUAUUCCUGCAUAGCUCGUAAUAAUUAUGGAGAAGACAGUCACACCGCUUUCCUCCAAGUAGAAGGUCCCCCUAAAUGGUUGCAAAAACCCCUGAAUGUGACAACUCGUGUGGGUGAGAGAGUUAUUCUGGGAUGUGAAGCAUCUGGGCAUCCCAAGCCACGCAUCACUUGGACAAAAUAUGUGUCUGAAGAUGUGAAGGAGUCGGUGGACACAUCGAUGUGGAAUGAGAGCGUCUUACACAUCCCCUCAAUCGGAGUCGAACAUAUCGGACAUUAUGAGUGUCAGGCUGAUAAUCAAAUAUUAAAACUAAUCGAAAAUAUUCAUAUUAAGGUCAUUGCUUCAUCUGUGGUAAUCCAGAAGUUUCAUUUUGAAGAAGGUAUUCAGGUUGGGGAUAAGACGUCAGUACUCUGUACAGCCAAAUCGAGUUCAAAUAUAAUAUCUUAUUCGUGGCAGAAAGAUGGAGAGCCGCUCUCUGAAAAUGAAGAGUUUAAAUUCAGAAUAGACGAAGAAUUUUCAGUUCUGACUAUAAAAAGCGUGAAGACAAAUCACUCCGGCAAUUACACUUGCAUCGCAACCAACCAACAACAGCACUUUGAUAGAUACACAGCAGAGUUGAUAGUAAAAGCUCCACCCAAAUGGCUCAUUGAACCGGAAAAUGCUACAGUUUUAGUCGGCUCAUCCCAUUCAUUUCGUUGUUCUGCUCAUGGAUUUCCUACUCCACAAAUCAUAUGGUUCAAAGGCAGAGAAGAAGGGAUGAAAGGAGAGAUCCUCAAUUUUGAUCACAUUCAGAGUUCUGAUGAUGGAACAUAUGUCUGCGAAGCAAAUAACGGUGUUUCACCUCCCCUCAAGAAGUUGGUAGUAUUGAGAGUGCGUGAUGUACCAAAAAUUCCGCCGAUGUCUUUUCCCCCGAAUGUCCGAAGUGGAUUGUCCACAAAGAUCCUGUGCACCAUCGAGAAAGGAAGCAGACCUUUAAAAUUCCAGUGGACAUACAACAACGAACAUUCAGUGUUAGUGAGUUCGUACGAUGAUUUUUCGGUGUUGAAUAUAAAUCCUGUUUCGGCUGCUCAUUCGGGUAAUUAUACGUGCACAGUCGAAAAUGCUUACGGUAGAGACAUCCGCACGGCACAACUAUUGGUCGAAGAAUUGGCAUUUUGGAUCAACGAACCAUAUGAUCGAGAAGUAUUAGAGGGUCAGGCAUUCGCUAUUCAUUGCAUUGCAGGUGGACAGCCAAACCCGAUCAUAUCUUGGUACAAAUAUCAAAGUAGUGGAGGUUUCAUCAACGGAAGUAGAAUCCGCGUGGGAAACAACGGAACCUUAUCCGUCCACUCAGCCGGAAUGAAAGACGGAGGAAUGUACGAAUGCGAAGCGGACAACGGCAUCGAUCACCCUCUCAAGAAAACCGUUCAAGUGAGGGUGAAGGUUCCGGCAAAGUUCGAGGAGAAGUUCGCUGUGGUGAACGUGAAGAAGGGGGACAGCGGUCGAAUGAAAUGUGAAGCCCUCGGAGAUCAACCCCUCUCCAUCACCUGGCAGAGGGAUGACGCUACCAUCAGCAAAACUGGUGAUGAACGAUACGAAAUAUUUGAGACGAUGGUUCCAAAAGGAGUGGUGUCCGAAUUGAUAAUUCGAACGUCAGAGAAAGAGGAUGGAGCUCUCUACACCUGCAUCGCUGAAAAUGAGUUCGGCAACGAUCAUCGGAAGAUACGACUCCUCGUUUUGGAAGUUCCAGCUCCGCCUCUUGAUGUCAAAAUCCGUGAAAUCUGGAGUCGGAGCUCCAGCGUCUCCUGGGCUCCCCCGUACAGUGGCAAUUCUCCAAUCACUAAGUACAUUGUGCAGUACUGGCGAGACUUGGGUGGUGCUCCCCAUAGACUCAUUGAGAUCUCAGUUCCCAGUUCUCAGUCAUCUGCCAUUAUGAAAGACUUGCAUCCAGGUGCGGCUUAUGUUCUGAAACUAGUUGCCGAGAAUGCUGUGGGCAGAGGAGAACCUUCAGAUGCCGCUACUUUCCGAACGGGUGAAGAAGAGCCAAGUUCUCCUCCUUCAGAUAUUAUUGCUGAGCCAAGAGGUUCCUCUACAAUUCGAGUGUCAUGGAAACCUCCACCCAAAGACAGUUGGAACGGAGAACUGAGGAGUUAUUACGUGGGAUAUAAAGUGAGAGAUUCCAACCAGCCUUACUCUUACAAGACAAUAGAGUAUGCACCGGAAGCGCCCCAACAGGAAUUCUUUCUCACUAACCUCCUCAAAGCAUCCGACUACAGUGUAGUGGUCAAAGCUUCCAACACUGGAGGAAGCGGACCUCCCUCACACGAAAUGUAUGUUCGAACACUAGAUGGCGAUUUACCACCGGCACCGUCGUUGUACGUUUUGUCAACGUCAUCCACUUCAGUCAGUUUACGUUGGAACACUCGGAAGAUUGACAAUCCACUCUCUGGUUAUACGGUCCAUUAUCGUGAGGAGGAUCAGGGUGAGUGGCAGGAGGUUGCCGUGAUUGCCCCAGAAGACAACACCUACAUAUUAAACAACCUCCACCCACAGAAACUCUACCAGAUCUACGUCACGGCUACCAAUCAGUACGGAAAAGGAGAUCCUUCAGAGAUAGUGGCUGUCAAAACGGAUGAAGGUGGUCACUCCCUAUUGUCCGUGGCAGGUGGAGGAGUUGGAGGUGGUUACAUGGAUGUGGCCAUCAUCAUUCCAGUGGCGGCCUCUCUCUUGACCAUUGGCGUAGUUCUCUUCGUCGCCUGCAUUUGUGUUAAAAAAAUCAGAAGUCGACACAAUCUUGAAAGAGCAUUGGCGGCAGAGAAACAUCUGGCGAUGGUUGGCACAUUGCAGAGAUAUGUGGACAUAGACAAGACCCGUUCUCUCAUGGAUCCAAGUAGACUGGGUCACUAUCCACUUCCUUAUGAAACGAUACAAAUGAUGGCCGAGGGAAAAGGAGCCUUUAUAGGAAAAGACGGCACGCAGACAAUUUAUAACAAAACAAUUUCUACCCUAAGGGCAAAAGAAGAUCAAGAUCAUAUAUAUGAUAGUGCUCAGUAAAAUUAUGAAUUUGCAAAUAAAUUGAAGAAGAUCCUCGCUGAGACAGAAAAAGAGUUCGUUUUAUGCAAAACAGCUUUCAAAAUGGAGGAUUUCAGAGAAUGGAUAUUUGAAGACUCUCUGUGAUUGAUUUGUACAACAUUCAAGUCUCAUUUUUGUUGAGUUAUAUCAUUACUUUUUUUCUAUUGAAUAUUCUGAUAUGCCAAUAGAAUAUUGACAGUGGAACAAUGGAAUACACAAAACGAUCUGUCUCGCACAAUACAGGGUUUGUCCGAAAGGUAAUGUAACCUAGUCAAUCAAUACAACACCUUAAAAGGUUUCAAAACACUCUUCUCUUGCCUUAAUACUUCACUUCCGACAAGAUGUUCAGAGGUCGAUACUCUUAAGAUAAUCUUCCGGCGAUAUUUUCAGAUAUCAAAUUUCAGAUUUUUUGCGGAAAUGUCCUUUACAACCUCUCUGACUCAAUCCGAAAUGCUGACCAGUUUAUAACAGCGAGAGUGGAAAGAAUUUUGGGAGAGCUACGUCAGAACAGUAUGGUGGAUUGUAAUAAACUUUUUGUUCGUUUGCCGGCCGCAAAACGUUGAGGAGAGUGGAUCACGACGAUUGCGAAGUGACGAGUUCGUGGUGAAGUUUCCAAUCGUGUCUAGUGUCCGAACUUUUUGGAAUGUUUAACGCAUGUAUAUGCGUGAGUUCACUAAUUUAGCUACAUGUUGCAUCAUGUUUUUGUUGGUUUGAUGUCACAGAUUUCAUGGCCAAUCUCUUUAUAGCCUUCAAAUACUGCCUUGACUCAGCGUUACGAUAAACAAUCAUCACUAUAAAGCUCUUAAUUUUUAAUGCGAAAUUUCGCUUGCAAACUUUCACGAAACUUGAUAGCAAUGGAGACACAAUUGGAGGCUUACACCGAAGAAGAAAAUGAAUUUCAGGACAAAGUUUCUUUUUUUAAUUUAUUUUUCUUAUAACCACCCUUGAAAAGCCGAUACAAAUUUGAGUUUACAACAACAAGUGUUCAACUCCGUAGUCUUGUCAUUUUAAAACUAAUCCAGAAGACAAGGAAACUCCUGGAUUAAGUAAUGGGAGAAAUUUAACUUUGCGGAGGACGUUUUAACAGAACUAACCAGCAUUUGCGUCACAUUGAGAGGAAGACGCGAGAACACCCUGGUGACAAGGCGACUGUAGCCCAUGAUCUGUCGACCACUGAGGAUAUUUCACGUCAGUACUCAGGUCGACAAAAGCCGGAUGCGGAAAUCGUAUCGACCAGUCAUCGCAUGAGAUUCGAACCCGGUUCACCUCAUUGGAAGGUUAACGCUCUAUCCUCUGAACUAUAGUGGCUCGGACUAAGUUUCUUAUACUCAGGGUGGUCGGAAGAAAUAAAAUAAUCCACCAUGCAUGUGCUGAGUGUCCCCUAUACCGAUCAAAAAUAGCCCAGACUCGCUCAAUUGAAAGAAAGCCAACACUUUUGUGACAAACCCUGUAUUCUGAUGUGAAAUAUUGACGCUAAGCAAAGCGAUCGCAGCAGUAAUGUGGCAAUGAAGGAUAACAACCACAUCCUCGACCAUUCAUCAAGUGCGUUUGUAGAAGAAGUCAUUGAACAAUCCUUUUUCGAAAGGAAACUGCAUUUUUCAAUUUUCUAGAUAAACAUUUUUACGUAUUUUUCACCUACGAAUUCAUUGUUAACAAAGGAACAAGCAUAAAAAGCUGUAGCUAAUAAAAGAAAUAUCCUAGAA